AUGACUUGUUGUGGGUCAAAGAGUAGUAUAUUCCUGAAUUUUCUUCUGUAUUUCCUUUAUGUUUUACUUAUUUUCGAAGAAUCAUGCUUAAUUUGCACAGCAAUAUUAUUGUUAUGUUUACCUGCUUUUUUAUUUUAUAAAGCAAUUGCAUUACUCACAACCUUUGCAACUUUGUUUGGCUUUGGUUCUAUAAUAUUGCGCAUGGGUACCUGGCGAGAAGUACACCAGAUGGAAAAGUUACAAGCUAUUAAAUCACCACCUGAAAUAUUCUUGAAUGCUUCACGAGCAUUGAUGACCUGGUCAGCAUUGAUUGCUUGGUUUUGGCUCAAUUACACAUUUAAAUUCAACGAUUUUGUUAAUACAAGAUGGUUUAUUUCGGUACCAAUAGCAAUUUCUUUCUAUUUCACUUCAUUUAUUUGA